AUGAACAAUGGAGGCAACCCAAGGAAGAGGCCACCACCGCCGUCUUCGCACCAGCCAUCUCCGGCGACGAAACACCAAGCGACUGCUCCGACGCCUCCGCCACCAUCGGCGGAAGAGGAUUUCGUUGAUGAAGAUGUCUUCCUUGACGAAACCCUUAUGGGGGCAGAAGACGUGGAAUCCCUAAUUCUGCGCGACUUAGAGGAACGUGAAGCUCUCGCUUCUCGUCUUUCCAGGUGGGCGCGCCCUCCUCUCUCCGACGCCUACGUGUCCCAGUCUCGUAGCAUUGUUUUCCAGCAAUUGGAGAUUGAUUACGUGAUUGGAGAGAGUCGGAGGUUUCUGCCUGAUUCUUCUGGUCCAGCCGCCAUUAUCAGAAUUUUCGGGGUUACUGGAGAAGGACACAGUGUUUGUUGUCUUGUUCAUGGAUUUGAGCCGUAUUUCUAUAUUAGCUGCCCAUCAGGAAUGGGUCCCGAUGAUAUCUCCCAUUUUCAUCAAACCCUCGAGGCUAGGAUGAAGGAGAAGAACAAAAACAGCAAAGUACCAAAGUUUGUUCGUCGCAUUGAAUUGGUUCAGAAAAGGAGUAUUAUGCAUUACCAACAACAAAAGUCUCAACCUUUUCUCAAGAUUGUAGUGGCACUGCCAACUAUGGUUGCUAACUGCCGAGGCAUUCUUGAUAGAGGCAUACAAAUUGAUGGACUUGGUAUGAAGAGUUUCAUGACAUAUGAAAGCAAUGUUCUUUUCGCGCUGCGUUUCAUGAUAGAUUGCAACAUCGUUGGUGGUAAUUGGAUUGAGAUACCGGCUGGUCAAUAUAAGAAGACAAUGAGGAAUAUGUCCUACAGCCAAUUGGAGUUUGAUUGCUUGUAUUCAGAUUUGAUUAGCCUUGCUCCUGAAGGGGAAUUCUCAAAGAUGGCUCCAUUUCGCAUAUUGAGUUUUGAUAUAGAGUGUGCUGGCCGAAAAGGUCAUUUUCCGGAGCCUACUCAUGAUCCUGUAAUCCAGAUAGCAAAUCUAGUUACUUUGCAAGGAGAAGAUCAGCCAUUCAUUCGUAAUGUUAUGACCCUCAAGUCAUGCUCCCCAAUAGUUGGUGUUGAUGUGAUGUCUUUUGAUACAGAAAAAGAAGUCUUUCUUGCUUGGAGGGAGUUUAUUCGUGAAGUGGACCCUGAUAUUAUAAUUGGAUAUAACAUUUGCAAGUUUGAUUUGCCCUAUCUUAUUGAGAGAGCACAAACGUUGGGAAUAGAAGAGUUUCCCAUACUUGGCCGCAUCAGAAAUAGUAGGGUUCGUGUAAAAGAUACAACAUUUUCGUCAAGACAGUAUGGAACUAGAGAGAGCAAAGAAGUUACUGUGGAGGGGAGAGUUCAGUUUGAUUUGCUCCAGGCUAUUCAACGGGACUACAAACUAAGUUCGUAUUCAUUGAAUUCAGUUUCAGCUCACUUUCUUUCUGAACAGAAAGAGGAUGUUCAUCAUUCAAUAAUAUCAGAUCUUCAGAACGGGAAUGCUGAGACUAGGAGGCGUCUUGCCGUUUAUUGUUUGAAGGAUGCAUACCUUCCCCAGAGGCUUUUGGAUAAACUAAUGUAUGUUUACAAUUAUGUUGAGAUGGCUCGCGUCACAGGUGUGCCCAUCUCUUUUCUUCUUUCUAGAGGACAAAGUAUCAAGGUACUUUCUCAACUUCUUAGGAAAUCUAAGCAGAAAAACCUUGUUAUUCCAAAUGUCAAACAGGCAGGAUCUGAACAGGGAACAUAUGAAGGUGCAACUGUGUUGGAAGCGAAGGCAGGAUUCUAUGAAAAGCCAAUUGCAACACUGGAUUUUGCAUCUUUGUAUCCGUCAAUUAUGAUGGCAUAUAAUUUAUGCUAUUGCACACUGGUAACUCCUGAAGAUGUUCGUAAACUCAACCUCCCACCAGAAUGUGUUAACAGAACUCCAUCUGGUGAAACUUUUGUUAAACCAAAUCUGCAGAAGGGGAUACUUCCAGAAAUUUUGGAAGAGUUGUUAGCUGCUCGGAAACGAGCAAAAGCUGAUUUGAAGGAAGCAAAGGAUCCACUUGAGAAAGCUGUUUUAGAUGGCAGACAGCUGGCCUUGAAGGUGAGUGCGAAUUCUGUAUAUGGAUUUACAGGAGCUACUGUUGGUCAGUUGCCAUGUUUAGAGAUUUCUUCAAGUGUUACAAGCUACGGUCGACAAAUGAUUGAGCAUACCAAGAAACUUGUUGAAGAUAAAUUUACAGUGCUAGCAGGCUAUGAACACAAUGCUGUGGUUAUAUAUGGGGAUACAGAUUCAGUUAUGGUACAAUUUGGUGUGUCUGAUGUAGAAGCAGCAAUGAACUUGGGUAGAGAAGCUGCAGAACACAUCAGUGGAACCUUUACAAAACCCAUCAAACUAGAGUUCGAGAAGGUUUAUUAUCCCUACCUAUUGAUUAGCAAGAAAAGAUAUGCUGGUUUGUUUUGGACAAAUCCAAAAACGUAUGACAAAAUGGACACUAAAGGCAUUGAAACUGUUCGAAGAGACAAUUGUUUAUUGGUCAAAAACCUUGUAAAUGAAUGCCUGCACAAAAUAUUGAUCGAUAGAGAUAUUCCUGGUGCAGUUCAGUAUGUCAAGAAUACCAUUUCAGAUCUUCUCAUGAACCGAAUGGAUUUGUCACUUUUGGUUAUUACUAAGGGUCUGACAAAAACUGGAGAGGAUUAUGAGGUAAAAGCUGCUCAUGUUGAACUUGCUGAACGUAUGCGCAAGCGGGAUGCUGCUACUGCUCCAAAUGUUGGGGAUCGGGUGCCUUAUGUAAUUAUAAAAGCUGCAAAAGGUGCCAAGGCAUAUGAGAGGUCAGAGGACCCAAUCUAUGUGCUAGAAAAUAACAUCCCCAUUGAUCCUCAAUAUUACCUUGAAAAUCAAAUUAGCAAGCCACUUCUAAGAAUUUUUGAGCCCAUUUUAAAGAAUGCCAGCAAGGAACUUCUCCAUGGAAGUCACACAAGAUCAAUUUCCAUUUCAACUCCGUCAAACAGUGGAAUAAUGAAAUUUGCAAAGAAACAACUUAGUUGUAUUGGCUGCAAAGCGCUAAUUAGCGAUGCAGAUCAAACACUCUGUUCACACUGCAAGGGAAGAGAGGCAGAACUUUACUAUAAAACAGUUUCUCAAGUGUCAGAUCUAGAGGAGCUUUUCGGGAGGCUAUGGACACAGUGCCAAGAGUGUCAAGGUUCUCUUCACCAGGAUGUGCUCUGCACUAGUCGAGAUUGUCCAAUAUUUUACCGGAGGAAGAAAGCGCAGAAAGAUAUGGUAGAAGCCAAGCGGCAGUUGGACCGGUGGGACUUUUAAAUAUUCAGUUUUCAGCUUUCCCAUGAAUGCAUUUUCUGCCAUCAAUGAGCCUUUGAAAAGCCGUGUAUGAUUUCACCGGUAUCCCGAGUGUUCUAAACCAAAGUUUGAAGAGAUUAGAAACCACGAGGAAGAUGGAAAGUCGGGGCAUCAAAGCUGUAGCUGUUAUGAUUCGUCAAUGUUACAUGGGAACUCUUGUCCUUGAGGGCUUUUAUACUUUUUUGUAGGUUUUGGCUUGUAAAAUGUUUGACCAAUGUAAAGCAUUUUGACAGUGGGCAUACUAUACUGGUCCAUGUA